UUCUUUUUUUCCCACCCCGCCCCUUCCUUUCUCGACUCUUCUCUCUCUCUCUCUCUCUCUCUCUCUCUCUCUCUCUCUCUUCGCACUCUUCUUACCGAACCCUGCCUGCGACGCCCUCGAAGGCGCAUCUAGGGUUUCGUCUCAUUGCGCUUCCGCGACUCCCCACUCCUGGAUCGAAACGAGGCGUCGAUUCUUGUCUCUGAGGUGAUGCAAGGUGUGGCAAUUUAAGAGAUAGAUGAAAAUCUCUGCUCUUCUAACUUCCGCGGGCAUAAACAUUGGCCUUUGCGUGCUGCUUUUGUCUCUGUACUCCAUCUUGAGGAAGCAACCUGGUAAUGUUAAUGUCUACUUCGGGCGGAGGCUCGCCCAAGAGCACAGCCGCCUGCGAGAAUCAUUUAUCUUGGAGAGGUUAGUGCCUUCUCCUAGCUGGAUCGUGAAGGCUUUGCAGUAUAAGGAAGAAGAGAUCUUAGCUAUUGCUGGGUUGGAUGCUGUUGUGUUUCUUAGGAUACUCGUCUUCAGUAUGCGCAUCUUCUCAAUAGCUGCGAUUGUGUGUAUAUUUGGAGUUCUCCCACUUAAUUAUUUUGGACAAGAGAUGCACCAUGGGCAGAUUCCUUCAGCGUCGUUAGAUGUAUUUACAAUCGGAAAUGUCGUGGAAAGAUCAAAAUGGCUUUGGGUGCAUUGCGUUGCACUCUACAUUAUAUCUUGUGCAGCUUGCAUUCUUCUCUACUUGGAAUACAAAAGCAUUGCUAGGAUGAGAUUGUUUCAUAUUAAUCAGUCGCCUCCAAAUCCCAGUCAUUUUACCGUUCUUGUUCGUGGAAUCCCAAAGUCAACUGAAGUACCUUUAAGUGAUACCGUCAAAAAUUUCUUCACAAAGUAUCACGGAUCUAGUUAUCUAUCUCAUCAAAUGGUUUAUAAAGUUGGGAAAGUCCAAAAAAUUAUGAGUGGUGCCAAGAAGGCUUGUAAGAAAUUUGGGCAUCUUACAGAUACGGUUAUGGACAGGAGGUGCAGACCAGCCAUAUAUAGAUGUGGUCUUUGUGGAGGAUCAACUACUUCUUUUCAGUUGUAUCAGAAUGAAUUUGAGCCGAACUCAGAGAAAACUGACCGUAAUAAUUCAAAUUUGAUUGCUAGUGAGGAGGAAUGUGCAUCUGCUUUUGUUUUCUUCAAAACUCGGUAUGCUGCAAUUGUUGCUUCACAAGUACUUCAGACAUCGAAUCCUAUGAUAUGGGUCACUGAUUUGGCUCCGGAACCAGACGAUGUGUACUGGUCGAACCUUUGGCUUCCAUACAAGCAGCUUUGGAUCCGUCGAAUAGCUACCCUUCUGGCUAGCAUUGUUUUCAUGUUUCUGUUUCUGAUACCAGUCACAUUUGUGCAAGGAUUAUCUCAAUUAGAUCAAUUACAACAGAGGUUUCCUUUUCUAAAAGGUAUAUUGAAGAAGACAUUUGUAACCCAGCUGGUAACAGGAUACCUUCCUAGUGUCAUACUGCAGUUAUUUCUUUAUACCGUUCCACCCAUGAUGAUGCUAUUUUCUGCUUUGGAAGGACCCAUGUCUCACAGUCUAAGGAAAAAGAGUGCUUGCUUGAAAGUACUCUACUUCACCAUUUGGAAUGUAUUCUUUGUGAAUGUUCUAUCUGGAUCUGUCAUUAGCCAGCUGAAUGUCAUAUCUAGUCCGAAGGAAAUCCCUACACAGCUUGCUAGAGCUGUACCAAGACAGGCAACCUUUUUCAUCACUUACGUUCUGACUUCUGGGUGGGCGAGUUUGUCCUCUGAAGUAAUGCAACUAUUUGGGCUCAUAUGGAACUUCAUAAGGAGAUAUGUGUUGAGAAUCAAGAAAGAUCCAACUGCAAGUUCAGUUCCAUCUUUCCCAUAUCACACUGAAAUACCAAAAGUACUCUUGUUUGGAUUGCUUGGCUUUACAUGUUCCAUACUGGCACCUUUGAUACUGCCUUUCUUGCUGGUGUACUUUUUUCUGGGAUAUGUUGUGUAUCGCAACCAGAUUAUUAAUGUUUACUGCUCGAGAUACGAAACAGGAGGGUUGAUGUGGCCUAUCGUGCACAACACCACGGUCUUCUCCCUGUUGUUGACACAGAUUAUUGCCGUUGGAGUUUUCGGGUUAAAGGAAUCGCCGGUGUCAGCAAUCUUCACUAUUCUCCUUGUGAUUUUUACACUUCUAUUCAAUGAGUACUGUAGGCAGCGCUUCCACCCUUUAUUCAAGAGUUAUUCUGCACAGGAUUUUAUUGACAAGGACAGGGAAGAUGAGCAGUCAGGAAGAAUGGAAGAAAUUCACCAGCAACUUCAUUCAGCGUACUGCCAAUUCUCACCGCACACUGGAGACAGGUGCCAUCCAGAAACUGAAGGUGAGGGUGAAGAAGAAGGUCAAUGCUCAACUGAAGUCAAUGACAGAAAUCGCUCGCAGGAUAUGAAAGAUGGCUUAUCUCACCCAACACUUAGUGGGCUUCCGGUUGCUAAGCUACAACGUGCUGUUAAAUCCCUAAGUUUGAUUAUUGCAUUACAGAACAAAAGCUCGACAAACGUAUAAUGGUCUAGAGUUCUCUGUUGGCAAUAUGAUAGAAUUCAAUUUAUUGAGGGGUGUGUUUGUGUAUGCAUUUGCAUAUGUACAUAUAAAUAUGCAUCCACACACCUUGACGAUUUCAUUCUUAGCGAAAGAAAUAUUUUUGUUCCUCUUUGCUAGGAAAAGCAAACAAUUUGAUUUUCUUUGGUUGAUUCAAGCCUUGUUUGGGCCAAGCUUCUAGUUUCA